AUGCGCCUUAAUGAACUGUUAGUGUUUACGACAGUGUCCUCACUCAUGAGACUAUCAAUUGGAAAAAAUUUGAUUCAAGGAAAUGAUAAGACUAGCAAUUUGAAAAUAUUUUCAAACCAAACACCAUUUCCUAAAUGGUUAUAUGAUUUCACUGGAUUGACAGAAUGGCCAGGACUUCACCCUCCUUAUAUACCGUUGGAUUUUAUAGAUAUGACGAAAAUUCCUGAUUACAAGCCAUAUAAACAAGGCGAAUGCUAUAAGAACCCACGUGAGUCCUGCUCCUUUGAUUGUGACGGAUGUGUUGAGCACGACGAUGUCUAUACAUGUUCAAAGCUUUCUCAGACCUUCGAUGAUGGUCCAUCAUUGGUCACUGAAAAGCUACUUGAUGAAUUGAAGCACAAUACAACUUUUUUUAAUCUUGGAAUAAACACUGUCAACAAUCCUGUUGCUUACAGGAAAACAAUGGAGAAGGGCCAUCUGAUUGGGUCACAUACCUGGUCGCAUCCUUUCCUGCCUAGCUUGACAAAUGAAGAAAUAAUUGCGCAGUUAGAAUGGUCUAUUUGGGCUAUGAACGCCACAGGAAGUCAUACUCCCAAAUGGUUUAGACCUCCGUACGGUGGAAUAGACAAUAGAGUAAGAGCAAUCUCCAGACAAUUUGGUUUACAAGCUGUUCUGUGGGAUUUUGAUACUUUUGAUUGGCAGUUAUACGCUCCUGAUAGUGCAUUUCCAUUAAGGACUGAGCAGGAUGUAUAUGAUGAUGUAACAAGAUGGAAAAAGAUCAACAAGGGCUUAAUUUUGGAACAUGAUGGUUCUCCCACUACUGUGAAUGUUGGAAUCAGUAUUAAUAAGUUAAUUGGAGAUGAUCAGCUAACAGUGGCUCAAUGUAUUGGCGGAAUAGAUUACAUUAGGCAGUACUAA